AGUGCUAGUGGCGGCAGGUGCAGGUGGCCGCGCAGCAUCCUGGGGCUUGCAGUCUCCCGAGCGUUCCAUUGUGUCCCUGCCUACAAUUUUAGGGAACCUAAUAAAAGGGCGGUCGGUAUGUUUUUGUUUGGGUGUGUACUUUUGUUAGGUUGCUUUUUCGCUAUGCAUUAAGUACGGACUUUAGGACUCAACUAGUACCAGGAAGAGAAAGACCGGACAUUUUCACCUGUUUGUUAUACAGCGGAGGGGAAAAAUUGGGAAGAAAUCCUCAACCUACAAGAAAAAUAACCAGAAGAAGCUUUACACUUUAGCCUGCAGUGACUUCUGUCCUGGUCUCCUAAGUCCACCUAAGUCAGUUUUGCAAUAAGAGGCCCCAAGUUUGGUUUUCUCGGAGCUUGCAUCAGUUGGUUGCAUCAUCCCUAAGUAGAAGAUUUGCGGUUGCAAGGAAAAAUAAGGUACAGAGCUUCUCCAGAGGGAAAGUGCAUGCCUGCACGGCACGAGCCCACGCACCGCAGAACAGGCUUGCCAGGUCUCCUCGGAGACCCUGGCAGGAACCUAACAAUGAAAUCCAGUCGUCCAGUCUUUAUUUGUGAAGGGGGAAGGAGAAUCCGAGGCCAGUGGCAAUCCGCCCGCUGUUGGGAGCGACUGACCUCACGAAUCAAUAAUUUGCGUUUGACUAGGAAGUGCAGCGGUUCUUGGCGGGAGGGGCUGGACUGGGUGGCGGACGCGAGCAGCAACGGUUCUCCCGAACCUCUCCCCCGCCCUUACUAUCUUGGCCCACAUUUUCCCGCUCCGUCCCGGGACCUGGACACCCAGAAUCCAUGGAAAGCAACUCGCGCUCGAGAACAGCUCUCGUACCCUUCUACGUGAUCUGCACCUUUAAACUCACUCCAUCCCAAACCGGACCCCGGAGGCACCACCCACAUCCGUCUAACAUCACUUCCUCCAGAGUUUGAAAAAAAAAAAAAAAAAAAAAAAAAAAUCUGGGAAGGAGAGGGGUUGUGCUGAGCCGCGCUCGGCGAACGGUGUGGACCGUCUGCUGGGACUCCGGCCCUCCGUCGGCUCAGCUCCGUGGCCCCGCGCCCCUACUGCCAUGGAGACGCGGCCUCGUCUCGGGGCCACCUGUUUGCUGGGCUUCAGUUUCCUGCUCCUCGUCAUCUCUUCUGAUGGACAUAAUGGGCUUGGAAAGGGUUUUGGAGAUCAUAUUCAUUGGAGGACACUGGAAGAUGGGAAGAAAGAAGCAGCUGCCAGUGGACUGCCCCUGAUGGUGAUUAUUCAUAAAUCCUGGUGUGGAGCUUGCAAAGCUCUAAAGCCCAAAUUUGCAGAAUCUACAGAAAUUUCAGAACUCUCCCACAAUUUUGUUAUGGUAAAUCUUGAGGAUGAAGAGGAACCCAAAGAUGAAGAUUUCAGCCCAGAUGGGGGUUAUAUUCCACGAAUCCUUUUUCUGGAUCCCAGUGGCAAGGUGCAUCCUGAAAUCAUCAAUGAGAAUGGAAACCCCAGCUACAAGUAUUUCUACAUCAGUGCCGAGCAAGUUGUUCAGGGGAUGAAGGAAGCUCAGGAAAGGCUGACGGGUGAUGCCUUCAGAAAGAAACAUCUUGAAGAUGAAUUGUAACAUGAAUGUGCCCCUUCUUUCAUCAGAGUUAGUGUUCUGGAAGGAAUGCAGCAGGGGAGGGAAUAUUGAGGAAUCAUCUAGAACAAUUAAGCCAACCAGGAAACCUCAUUCCUAUCUACACUGGAAGGAGCGCUCUCACUGUGGAAGAGUUCUGCUAACAGAAGCUGGUCUGCAUGUUGGUGGAUCCAGCAGAGAGUGGCAGACUUUCUUCUCUUUUUCCCUCUCACCUAAAUGUCAAUUUGUCAUUGAAUGUAAAAAAUGAAACCUUCUGACACAAAACUUGAGCCACUUGGAAGUUUACUCCUCGCACUUAAGUAUUUGAGUCUUUUCCCAUUUCCUCCCACUUUACUCACCUUAGUGGUGAAAGAAGACUAGUAGCAUCUUUUCUACAACGUUAAAAUUGCAGAAAUAGCUUAUCAUUAAACAACAACAACAACAAAUCCUAAGUGUAAAUCAGUAAUUCUACCCCCUACCAAGGGGGUAGCCUGUUUUUUCCCUUUUUCCUUCUGGGAAUAAUUGUGGGCUUCGCAAAUUUCUACAACCCCUUUCCUCUUCUCAUGCUUGGGUUUCCCUGUGUGCACAUAUGCGUGUGCAGGACUGGCUGUGUGCUUGGACUCGGCUCCAGGUGGAAGCAUGUUUUCCCUUGUUACUGUUGGAGAAACUCAAACUUUCAAGCCCUAUGUGUAGCCAUUUUGUCAAGUCAUCAACUGUAUUUUUGUACUGGCAUUAACAAAAAAAGAGAUAAAAUAUUGUUCCAUUAAACUUUAAUAAAACUUUAAAAGGAAA